AUAAAAACAAACUAAAAACAAACUCAGUAUUCUGGUUCUUAUAUUAAUCAUUAAACAAAAAAGAAAAGGACCGUUUCUUAAAGAUAUCCCUUUGAAGUCCAAUUGACUCAUGAAACUUCGUCGUGUGUUUUACUGUUAAGGGUUUUGUGUGAUGAUGGCAUUCAGAAAAUGUUCUUCAAACUCGUGUAAUUGGGUACCUGUAAUUUUGUCUGAAACGGAAUACUGCCCAGAAGCUGUUCGACAAUAUGCACUUACUUCUCACAACAGGAAGACUUUGAAGGAGAGAGUAUGGAAGCAUCUUGUAUAUCUUGGAUGGCAAAUUCACCAAGAUGGUGAUCAUUUCAGGUACAAGCCACCCCAUGGAAUCUUGUGUCACAAGAAAUUUUACUACUCACUUAUUGAGAUUUGUAAAGCUAUCCAAAUGGAAUCCGUGGUGAACUCUUCUUCUGUUACAAUGGCACAUUGUCCUCAAGCCAUUGUUGAAUACCACAAACAUGCACUCGACCCGAAUUCGCGUGAUAAAGGGAAACUUAUUUCGAAAAUAAGAAAGUAUCUCGUGAACGAAGCAUGGGUUUUGACUUACCCGCCACCAGGAAACAAAAGAAGCGGUGUGUCAUAUACUUCUCCGCAAAAACGGAAAUUUAGCUCACUCAACAUGGUAUGCAAAUUCCUAAUUGAGGAAAGUGUUAGAAGUUCAUCUAUUUCUGGCAUUCAACCUUUAAAUGCCUCCUCGGUUGUUAAUGAAGAAAGUGCUGAUCAGGAAAGUAUUCGAAAGUCACCUAUGUAUGGCAUUCAACCUUUUGUUAGUGAUGAAAGUGUUGAUUGGGUACCAAGUGAUGAUGACUUAUCAAGUAAAGCUCCAAACUUGCUUCCUCGUGAGAGCGAGUUAUACACUGUAGACAGGGUUGCUACAAAUAGAUCAAGGCGAAAACGCGAUGAAUCAAGAUCUCUAGCUGCGGUGCCUUCUCCUGUUGCAGUGGCGGGUGAACAAGCUACUUCUUCUGUGGCGUAUUGUCCUCAAGCCGUUGUUGAAUAUCAUAAACAUGCACUCGACCCGAAUUGGGGUGAUAAAAGUGAACUUAUUUCGAAAAUAAGAGAGCAUCUCGUGAAAGAAGGAUGGGUUUUAACUGACCCGCCGCUAGAAAAAAGAAGAAAGGGUGUGUUAUAUACUUCUCCGCAAAAACGGAAAUUUUUCUCACUCAACACGGUAUGCAAAUUCCUAAUUGAGGAAAGUGAUAGAAGAUCGUCUAUAUUUGGCAUUCAACCUUUAAAUGCCUCCUCAGUUGUUAACGAAGAAGGUUUUGAUCAGGAAAGUAUUCGAAAAUCACCUAUGUAUGGCAUUCAAGCUUUUAGUAGUGAUGAAAGUGUUGAUUGGGUACCAAGUGAUGAUGACUUAUCAAGUAAAGACAGGGUUGCUACAAAUAGAUCAAAGCGAAAACGCACUGAAUCAUGUCUAAGAGUGAGAUCAAAUAAAAGAGUGCAGAAUGUUUCUGUCCCUUCUCUAUCACAUCGGAAAGCUCUGAAUGUUGUGUCUUGGUUGAUAGACAGCAACGUGGUGUUACCAAGGUCUAAUGUUUGUUAUGUAGCAACAAUACAGGGUGUCAUGGCUUCUGGUCAAAUAACUCACGAUGGAAUCAAGUGUAAAUGUUGUCAUAAAAUAUACAGUCUUGUUUCUUUCGAAUUUCAUGCUAUUGGCAGUAAUACCACCAGACCAAGUGCUAGUAUCUUUCUGGAUGAUGGUAGGUCACUCUUACAGUGCCAGGUACAAAUAAUGCGAGAUCAUGUGUCAAGGGAGGCUAUGGUUAAAUCACAGAGUGAUUUGUGUCAGAGUGAAAACGACUACAUUUGUUCCAUUUGCCGCAACGAGGGUGAACUUCUUUUGUGUGAUCGGUGUCCGUCUUCUUAUCAUAAGACGUGUCUUGGUCUGGAGGACGUCCCUGACGGUGAUUGGUUUUGUCCAUCAUGUCUUUGCGGGAUUUGUGGCCAAAGAAAAUUCAAUGGGGGCAGUGAGGAUGGACAUUUCCUUAAAUGCAUUCAGUGUGAACAUAAAUAUCAUGUUGCAUGCCUGAUAAGUAGAGAUACAAGUCAGUCCAGAAGUUAUGUGGAAAGCCAGUUCUGCGGAAAAAACUGUGAAACGUUAUAUGAAGGCCUUCAAAGAAUGCUGAGAGAGCCAGUUUCAGUGGGUGUAGACGAUCUAACAUGGACAUUGGUGAAGUAUAUCGACUCCGAGAGUUGUGAUACUGAUAGUAGUAAAAGUGGAUUAUUGGCAGAAAGUUACAGCAAACUCAAUGUUGCUGUUUCUGUGAUGCAUGAAUGUUUUGAGCCCCAAAAGGAACCCUCCUCUGGCAGAGAUCUGGUGGAAGAUGUUAUAUUCAGCCGAUGGUCAGAACUUAAUCGAAUGAAUUUCCAGGGUUUCUAUACUGUACUUCUAGAGAAAGAUGAAGAGCUGGUCAGUGUAGCAAUUAUUAGGGUCUUUGGAGAUAAGGUGGCUGAAGUACCUCUCGUUGGUACCAGAUUUCAAUAUCGUCGACAGGGAAUGUGCCACAUCUUAAUGGAUGAACUGGAAAAGAAACUCAUGCAAUUAGGAGUGAAGCAGCUUGUUUUGCCUGCUCUUCCCAGUGUGGUCGAUACAUGGACCGGUCCUUUUGGCUUUUCAAAGAUGACAGAACUUGAGAGAUCAAAAUUUCUGGACUAUACUUUCCUAGAUUUUCCGGGUACCAUCAUGUGCCAGAAGUUGUUGACUAAGACGCCGUCUCCAGAUUCUGUUUUGCCAAUAGAGUUCCAACAAAAAGUCGGUGCUAUCUCCGAAAGCAGUAGUGCUAAUAAAUCUGCAGUAUCUGAAGUUUACCAAGCAGGAGAGAUAGUUAUAAAAGAAACGUCGGAUACACCAAUGUUGGAUGCUUUUGAAGGAGAAAGCGAUAACGACAAUGUAUCUAACGAACCUGUUAUUGACUGUGUCACCAUGGCGGAGCAACGAGUUCUUGAGGAUCAACAACACUACCAGAAUGGAACCUCCACUGUCCAAGGCUCUUUGGAAAACUGGAAGAAUGUCUUGAAAAAUUGUAGAGCAAGGGAAGUGAAAGAGUAGCUUGAGUAGGAUUAUGAUACUUGUGAGUAAAAGGGAAACACAAUAUUUUGUUGAAGGGGAAUAAUUGAAGUGUUGAUGACACUAUCUUCAGUUAUAACCUCUUUCUUUGUGUUUUCUUGGUACAAAGUGUACAUGUGUAUAAGUAGGAGAUUUUGCAUGCCUAGGUAGUUUUGAGUUGGAUGGAUGGAGCCAUUUGUCUAUAGUUUUGGAAAUAACUGACAAUGGAUUGUAACAUAAACUGUGCUAAUGGUUAGUUUGUAGAAUAUUUUUGUGUCAAUAAUGAUUUGACAAAAUAGAAACCGAACAGUUCAGAUUUUAUCAUAAGGUUGGAAUUGAAAUCCACUUGGUUAUAAUUUUCACAUCUGUUCAAAAAAGAUUUGGAUAAGCUUGAUUACCAAAAUAGUGAGUAGAUUGAACCAUU